AUUGCAUUUUCUUUUCACUUCACCACAAUGACAUGCCUAAAAGUUCUUACACAAGUCGUCGUCGUCGUAGCUCUAUCAGUAGCUCGGACACAUGGAUCGCCCUCACCUGCUACUCUAUCGACCAGCGUCAACUUGACCCCUGUGGCACCGGUUGUUUCUAGUAAUGUUACUGAAGGAUUUUGCCGCAAUCAUCCUGGCGGUGGCAAAUGUCCCGAGUAUGCCCCAUGUUGUCUCAAUGGCUACUGUUCCGACGAUCCCCGGUAUUGUUCGGUCGGAUGCCAGCCAAAGAACUCUUGGAAGGAGACUAGCUGCUUUCCUCAAACAUACUGCUCAAAUAUUCAUGAGGAGUUUGACCAGCCGAGGUUAGCAAUCUUAAGAACUUUCGAUGGCAAUCCCAAUGACUACGACUUUAGUAGGUCAAUCGAUUAUAACGCUGACAGCGUGGCCGUGCAAGACUCGAAACUCAAAAUUGCAAUGAAGCUGGACAGCGUUCCCAAUUCUUACGGUCGUCCCCAAGGCCUAGGUUCUGUAGUUUCAACCACACGUUUCAUGCAAUAUGGCAAAGUUGCGGCUCGAAUCAAGACCGGAUCUAGCUCUCCAGGAGUGGUGUCUGCUUUCAUUAUUCGGAAUGAGGACCCAGGUGAUGAGAUCGACUUUGAGUUUGUGGGACGCGAUCCUUCUGAAGCACAGACCAAUUUUUAUUACAGGACUCCGCCAGAUAUGAACACGACCCUGAUCGACUACAGCAACUCAGGCAAGGAACCACUGGGAGUGAACACGGUGCUGGAUUUCCAUGACUACGAAAUUGAAUGGAUGCCAGAUUACCUCAUAUGGAGGGUCGAUGGUAAGGUCAUCCGAAGCAUAUUCAAAAACCAGACAAAGAACGAUUUUGAUCCUGUAUCUGGCGCUUCCAUCAUCGACCAAGCAACAGGACAGAUUAGAAAGAAAUAUCCAUCAACACCGGCAAGGAUUCAGUUCGGGAUCUGGGAUGGAGGCCAAGGACAGGAGGGUACGGCUGCCUGGGCGGGCCAUCCGACGGAUUGGUCCAAAACAAACCAGAUGUAUGAGAUUCAAGUCGAUUAUAUCGAUAUUCAAUGUUUUUAUACCGGAAACGGGACUCUGAAAUGGCCCCCGCCUGGAUAUGGUCCGACUAAGACCCACGCGGGCCCAUACUAUACUCCGGGUCUCGACGGCUUGCCAUCGAAUGCUGGUGAUAGCCACUACAACGAAAACCUCCCAUUGCACCCCUAUGUGCCAUUUUACAAGAAUCCAAAGUUGAUAGUCCCCGCAGGGUGUCUGCUGGGCAUUGCGCUCAUUGCUGCCGCAGCAAUCGAGGUUACGAAACGACGUCGUCUAGCCAGAGUGCGUUGGCAGUGAACAGAAGGAUGGUGCACAAUGAGACCACAACAAAUAGUUCAUCAGCAUGGCAUAUAUAGUUUUAUUUGUUUACUCCUAUUCUAGCAGCUAAUAUGUACAUGAUAGCAUGGGCAGUGCUCAACAGCAUUCGUCGGCUAUAGCUAACGUUAUGAUCAAAGUAGAAGAUGGCAGGCACCUGCUGAUCCACACUAUGCGAUGUUACUCCUUUUUCCCUGUACAAUGGCUAGAAGAGUGAAAAUGCGUGCGCUUGAGAGAGAGAAUGGGCAACACUUUGAGGACGUCAUGAGAAUGAGUUUAGGCGGGGACGAAUGGAGCCCUUUGUCUCCGUCGGAAAGACUGGGUCCGAUCUCUCCGCCCUAUUUUGGUUCUGAUGCUCUCUCAUCCAACGGACCAUGCCAGACGCAGCCAUCUAAGAUGUC